AGUGAUUCGCCAGCCUAGUGGCAAUGCCCUCCUUCUCGGAGUGGGAGGAAGCGGCCGUCAAAGUCUGUCCCGACUGGCUAGCUUCAUCUCGGACUUUGAAUGCUUCCAGAUAGAAGUGGCGAAAGGGUACGGUAUGAACGAAUUCCGCGAUGAUCUCCGGAAGUGCCUGCUGGGUAGCGGCUGCGAGGACAAGCCGCAGGUGUUUCUAUUUUGCGACACUCAAAUCGUCAACGAACAAAUGGUUGAAGCGAUCAAUAACGUGUUGAACUCGGGCGAUGUGCCGAAUUUAUAUAAGCUUGAGGAUAUGGAUGCUAUCAGCCAGUCGUGCCGAACGGCGUGUAUGCAAGCGGGCCUGCAGCCGACGAAGACCAACUUGUUUAAUACCUACCUUACGAGAGUCAAAAGGAACAUCCAUGUGGUCUUGGCCUUCUCCCCAGUAGGCGAUGCUUUCCGUACGAGACUACGUAUGUUCCCCUCGCUGGUGAACUGUUGUACCAUCGACUGGUUCGCUGAAUGGCCGGCUGAUGCCCUUUACAGCGUGGCGAAGCAGCAACUCCUCGCCGACGUGAGUGUCUCAGUUUGA